GCCUAUAAAUACAGCUGCGGCUUGAUGCGUUUCUUCUUCAUCAGCUGCUUCUUCAUCAUCAUCAUCAUCAUCAUCAUCAUCUUUAGAGUUUGAGGGAUCGAUCAGUUGGGUUCAGAGCAAUGACGAAGCGGUUUGCUUUGGAGCAGAAGGAGAUGACACGCAUGCUCUUGCUCGUGUCGCGGGAGCAGGCGAUGCCCAUGCCGAUGCCGGUGGCGGCGCGCGGUCACCGCGCCCCGGAGCGGGUGUUCGUGUGCAAGACCUGCGACCGUGUGUUCCCGUCGUUCCAGGCGCUGGGCGGCCACCGGGCCAGCCACAAGAAGCCGCGGCUGGACGACGGCGGCGACCUCAAGCCCAAGCUGCACGGAUGCUCCGUCUGCGGGCUGGAGUUCGCCAUCGGCCAGGCGCUCGGUGGCCACAUGCGGCGCCACCGUGCCAUGGCCGCGGGCGGAGGCGGCGGCGUCAUGCCCAUGACGCCGCCGACAGCAGCAGCGAUCAAGGAGCACGGCGAAAGCGGCGACGACGACGCGGUUGUCGGCAUGAAGCGCGGGCUGUGGCUCGACCUGAACCAUCCACCUUGCGACGAGUACGGCGCCGGCAGCGAGAGCGACGACGAGUGCGGCCACGUCGACGCAGCUGCCGCCGGGUACACGUUCCACCAGUUCAUGGAUACCGGCACCAUGGCGGUGGACUGCGUCUAGCUGCCCCGUCCCCCACUCCGUUGCCGGGUUUUUGCCGGAUAGCACAAUAUUUUCCUGUGUGUACUUUGGCAGUAACUUCUUCUUUUUUUACCCUUUUUCUUUCACCUUUUCAUGCAUGGAUAAAUCCAUAUUUUGUAGCAUGCAGUAGAUGAGUGCCCAGUGAGAGGCAUGCCAUGGCAGUACAUAAAAUCAUCUCUUUGAGAUGAUUAGUUUUGUGCCUAAUUUGGUGGCUUUGUAGGCUCACCAGAGCUAUUUUCCUCAGGUUUUCCGGUUAUUAUUUGCCCGGUUAUUACUGAAAAAAAACCUUUGGUCAAGUGGCUUAAUGUGUAAUUAUCCAGUUGAAGUAAAGUAUAUAUGGAGGUUGUGAUUCAUCA